AUGGUUCACUCUCAUCAUUCCCAUUCCGGUCAAUAUGUGUCGCACGCCGUGGAUAACUUAGAUGACAUUAUUUCCAGGGUAAAGGAUAUGAACUUUGAGGUCUUCUGUCUUACAGAACACGUUCCUCGAUACGAUAACAAAUUGAUGUAUCCUGAGGAGAUAGACAAGGGAUAUACUGUUGACUCAUUAGUCGAGAAUUUUGAGAAGUAUUAUAUGCAUGCGCGAUCCAUCCAGAAGGCUGUCAACGCGGAUCGCUCUUCCAGACUGAAAAUUCUCGUUGGAUUUGAGACAGAAGGAGGAAUAGACGAAUUUCACCUAAAUAAAUGUCUGCAAUUCAAGCGGGAACUGAGACCCGAUGUAAUAGUUGGAUCAGUUCAUCAUUUGAAAGGGGUUGAUUUGGACUUUAAUCGCGAGAAAUGGCUGGAAGCAAAAGGAAAUCUCUCGUUGCAAGCGUUUUUCCUGGCAUAUUUCAAGCAACACCAGGUAAUGGUGAGAACGCUCGAACCCGAUAUCAUUGGACAUUUCGACCUAAUCCGUCUAUUCGCUCUCCCCCACGACAGGUGUGAAGAUACGGGAAAAGAGCUCAAAGACAUUAACAUAGAAAGAGACUGGCCUGAGGUCUGGAAGGUGAUUACAGAGACGGUAGAGCUCAUUGUUUCGCAAGGAGGUCUUGUCGAAUUGAACACUGCUGCAAUUCGCAAAGGCUGGACCACAUCAUAUCCAAAAGAUGAUUUGUUCCAACUAAUUCGCGAAAAAGGGGGCAGAUUCUGUCUUAGUGACGACUCUCAUGGAGUCAAACAGGUGGGCCUCAACUAUGAGAAGGCUCUGAAACACCUGCAAGAACUCGGCCUAGAUAAACUGUACUACUUGGAUUUGGACGAAUCUGGCACUCCCUUCGUCAAUAGUCGCACUCUAGAGGAUAUUGCAGCUGACCCUUUCUGGAAUAAUUACACUUGA